AUGGCGUCGAGGAAUUCCGUUGCCGUUUUCGCAUUCUUCGCUUUCGUUUACGCCGUCAUCUCUCCAUUCGCCGGCGCGCAAUCGCUAGCUCCUGCUCCUUCACCCACAAGCGACGGAACGUCGAUUGAUCAAGGAAUAGCGUAUUUGCUAAUGGUGGUCGCACUUGUCCUCACUUAUCUCAUCCAUCCUCUCGAUGCAUCUUCCUCCACUUGA